UUUGCGUGGACGGCAAGCAUCGAUCACUGUUGUAAUUAUAAAAAAUAACGGUGAUAAUAAUAAUAGUAGCAGUUACUCGUCGAAUAUAAAUAAACGCGAUCGACGAACGAUAUAAUAAUAUUUUUACGUCCGACGGGUCACACGCUAUCGGGAACGGGGCAGACCCGAUCAGCUGCGGUUGGUGAUAAUGGAUUCUGUUCGAUAAUGACGUUAUUGCGUGCGAAAUGAUACCGUUGUUGUUGUUUUGAUUAUACGUAUAUAUUUUUUUUUUUGUUGUUCCAUCGAAAAACAGUACGAUCGUCGCUAAUCAUCACUGGACACUGAUUUCGGCCGCCAACAGAUCUCCGUGUCGUGGCCGCCGUAUCCGAACGGACAGCGGAUCGUAAGUCGCGCGAUAAUUUACUUACCCACGGUAUAUCGCGUAGGCGUGGCUGUACACGGUGUAAGCGGUUCCGCGGACGAAUUUAAUUCGUCAUGUACUCGUCGUAGCGGCCGUACGACCGAGCACCAACGGCCACCGAUGGCGAUGGCCGAGUGUCCGAUUGCCCAGAUCAACGAGGACGACGACGACACGCAGGACCGCGCGAGAAUCGAACUCCAAGGGUACCUGAACAAAUGGACCAACUUUUUGCACGGCUGGCAAAAACGCUAUUUCGUCCUGAAGAAUGGCACACUGUUGUAUUUCAAGUCCCAGUCGGAGACCGAGUGUGGGUGUCGAGGCGCAAUCAGUCUGUUGAAAGCGACCGUCAAGGUGCAUGAAGUUGAUGAUUGCCGUUUCGAUGUGUCGUUAAACGACUGUGCCUGGUAUCUGCGGGCCGACACUUCGGCUACAAAAAAUCACUGGAUCGACGUCAUAGAUUCGUUCAAAGCUGAAUCAGGAUACGGCAGUGAGAAUAAUCUAAAACGCAAUGGCAGUUCUCUUUCCUUACUGUCUAGCAAUUUGUCAACCAUGUCACCAGUAUUUAAAAAAAAUAAAGGCCUGCAAGAUAAACUAAAUGAACUUGUAACAUUUAGGGGGAUAUUAAUCAACCAGAUCGAUCGACUUCAAAUGUAUUUUGAUACAUGUUUAGCAGAAUUCGCUUCUUCAAAUGAAGGUGUAUCAAAGAAUGAAUCCUAUCAAAAAUAUACAUGUGAAGCUUUAGAUUUCAAAGGUGAAGCGGUUGCAUUUAAAGCAACAUCUUCUGGAAUUUUAGAAAUCUUAAAACAUUGCAUUGAAGUUAUGAAUCAACGAGAAGCUGCAUGGGAGUCUAUGUUAGAAAAAGAAAUAAACAAUCGGAAAGAUUUGGAGGAAGUAGUACGGACUUUGUCCUUAGUUGAUGGGCUCACUGACCAAGAAAGAGCCCAAGUACUCUCUGGGGCCGACUUAACUGAACAUUCCAACUUGGCUGAAGAUGAGUUUUAUGAUGCUGUUGAAUCUUCCAAUGAUAAUUCAGUCGAGGAUGCUAAACAAAGAAAGGAUCAGUUACUACAGUGUACAAAAAAUAAUGCUCAAACUUCUCAGACCAAUUGGGGUGAAUUGAUAAGAGCUGCUGCCACAAAUGCUUCUUUGAAACAUAUAUAUUGGCCAGAAAUUGAAAGAGUAGUUGCUGAACAAAUUCGAUCAGCUCGCAUGGGUCUUGGUAAAGGAGCUUGGCAGUUAUUUGUUGAAGAUGGUGAAAUGAAAAUGUAUCGAAGAGAAGUCGAAGAAGAUGGAUUAGUUGUUGAUCCUCUUAAAGCAACUCAUCAAGUGAAAGGCAUAACUGGUCGAGAAUUAUGCCAUUACUUUUUUUAUCCUGAAUAUAGAUAUGAUUGGGAAGGUACAUUAGAAACUAUGAAUGUUGUUGAUAAGAUUGCUGAAGACACAAUAUUAUUCCAUCAGAUACAUAAACGUAUCUGGCCAGCAGCACAACGUGAUGCUACGUUUUGGUCUCAUCUUACACAUGUUCCUGACGAAGAAGAAAAGUCUGAAGACAGCCCACAUAUAUGGGCAACUGUCAAUAAUUCAGUGGAAUUACCAUCACAUCCUCCAAAUAGUGGAAAACAAGUUCGUAUUUAUUUGACUAUUAUUCUCAUGGGUCAGACAAUUAUAUCUCCUGCAGCAAAAGGCCGUGAAUUGAAACGAGAUGAUAUAACUUGUAAAAUUACUUAUUGCGCUGUUGUCAAUCCUGGUGGUUGGGCGCCAUCGUCUGUUCUCCGGGCUGUGUAUAAACGAGAGUAUCCAAAAUUUUUGAAACGAUUUACUGCUUAUGUAUUAGAAAAAACGAAAAACCUACCUAUAAAACUUUAAACAAUCAUAUCAAAUGACUAUUAUGUUGCAAAUUAAUUUUAUUGAUUAUUUUGUUGUGUUUUAUUCAAUGUCAAUAAUUUUUCCGUUCUUGCUUUCACAGUGUUACAUUGUAUUUGUAAUUUAUAAUAUUAUAAUUGUACAUCCUGAAAACAUUAAAAAUUAAAAUUC